AUCGUCCUCGAGUAUUCCACCCGUUUUGCCAUCCUACUUGCACUACACAUUACUACGCGCCAGAAACUCGGGUCUUGCAUCGCAUAUUCUAGGUGUUCUCCACGGCUGAGCCGCUCCCCUAUGUCCGAACCCGGCAUGCCUCCGCGGCGCGACGGCGGCGAGGAUCCGAAAAGGAUCGGGCUGUGGAAGAUUGGUAGGACGAUCGGUACUGGGAGUUCAGGGCGAGUUCGCAUAGCGCGAAACUCUAGAACUGGCCAAUAUGCGGCGGUGAAGAUAGUCUCGAAGGCGUGCUUAGACUCCACGCGAUCGCUCGAGCACCUCAUCGAGGAGGUAGAACAUACACAACUCUCUGUCGAGCGCGAGAUUGUCGUGAUGAAACUUAUCGACCAUCCCAACAUCAUGCGCCUCUACGACGUUUGGGAGACCUCCUCGGAACUCUAUCUCAUUCUGGAAUACGUGCAGGGUGGCGAGCUGUUCGAAUAUCUGUGCUCGAAAGGAAGGCUACCUACGGAUGAAGCCUUGCGUUACUUCCAGCAAAUCAUCGCGGCCAUCGACUACUGUCACAAACUCAACAUUGCUCACCGCGAUCUCAAGCCGGAGAACAUCCUCCUAGAUGAAAACCUGAACGUCAAGAUCGCUGACUUUGGUAUGGCCGCAUGGCAAGCUAACGGUAUGCUGCGCACUUCCUGCGGUAGCCCUCAUUACGCAGCGCCGGAGAUCGUCAGCGCGAAAGCCUACAGUGGCUCUGCAGCUGAUAUCUGGUCAUGCGGGGUGAUACUCCAUGCUCUGCUGGCCGGUAAACUACCUUUCGAUGAUCCGGAUCUGGGAAUUCUGCUCGAGAAGGUCAAAAUUGGAACAUUUCGAAUGCCAACGGGAAUCGAUCCUCUUGCUCAAGACUUGAUUCGAAAGAUGCUGACGGCGAAUGUCGAGGACCGGAUCACGAUGGUCGAAGUUCUUCGACAUCCGUUCUACACGUCAAUGGCACCCACAGUCAUUCCCUCGGUUGUUCCUGCCCUCGAUAACGUCUCUCAGCCACUGGACUCGCUCGAUUCCAUCGACCCCGACAUCUUUGCCAAUCUGCGCACCCUGUGGCAUGGCGUUCCGGAUUCUGACAUCGUCGCAAGUUUGCAAAAUGGAGAACUUAAUUGGCAAAAGCGUGUCUAUCAUCUGCUUGUCAACUACCGGAACCAGCAUUUCGAAGAUAUGCAGGCGGAAGAAGAGCUGGUGUCUCGACGCAAGAAGAAGAAGACCUCAAAGAUGAAACACCGAGCGGUUCUGGAGAGCUCGUCACACACCUCUGAUAUGCGACCGUCACAAUCGUCUCUCCCUCCUCACAACGAUUCAUUGACUCCUUUCGUGCCCACCAUCAAUUUCCAUUCGGCGACGCCUUCACCCGACAUUUCAGCGCAGUGUCCUUCGACCCUCCCUCCGCUCGUAGUCCCGCAGCUCGAAGACGACAAGAUGCAAGUUUUCUUUCAUCAAAUUGUGAAUCACUUGAACACCCUGCAAGUCAAAUCGCCUGAUCCGUCCCAAAUGUCUCCCAAUCAUUUGCUGGACGUUCUUUCUCAAUUUCCUCAUCCGAAUGAAGCAGUCAUCGCACCACCGCCAACGCCGGCAAAUCUGGCGACCCGGCCUCUGAGCCUCCAUCGGAAGGAGCGUCAUCCGCGGCUCACAGUCGAUACGCGGGCUGAAGACAAGGAGAACGCGCAGAUGUAUGCUGCUGGCUCUGCAGCUGUUACUAAACGGUCGUCCCUGCGCAGUGAUACGGCGAGAACGACGCGGGCGAAGAAAGUUCAGAUCUUGGAUCCUCCGCCCGGAUCAAAGCUGAAGAGACGCAAAGCAUCUCCCCUCUCACCGGCUUUCUCAGAGGCCGGUUCUUCUUUCACGCUGCCCUCUCCGUGCCUCUCGCCCGCUUCUCAGUCGCCUAAGCGCACGUGGUUUGGUCACGUCUUCAAAUUCAAGCCUGUCACGUGUUCUCUGGAAUCAGUGCAUGAGUUCCAUGUGACGAAGAAUGAAUGUCGGCGUGUGCUAAUGGGCAUGGAUGUCCGCGUGGUGCUCGAGGAUGCGGAUGGAGGUAGUGUUCUGAGAUGCCGAUUCGACGAAUUCCGGGAUCCUGCCGGUGUUAUGACCGUUGUCAAGGCGGUCAAGUUCAGGGUCGAGGUGCAGCGGUGUCCAGGCUCGAGCGAGGGUGUCAGUCUCGUCCUUGUGCACGAGAAAGGGUCGGUGGAUACUUUUAAGGAAAUUUUCAAGCGUCUUCGGCGGGAAUGGGUCUUGGACGACAUUGAGGCUCCUCUUCAUCGGGCUAUUGUUCCGAGUCCUGUGGUUCCCUCUGCGAUUUGGUGAUUGAUUGUACACUGUUGCACACAUACCUACAUUACUAUCUAAUCUUAUCAUGUGCUCAACUCGAUCCAC